ACAGCCCAAAACAAAAUCAUUUUUGGUGGAUAGAUACUGCAUGUUGAAGCUAACUAAUCCACCUUUUUUGUCUCCUUCCCUUUAUAAACAAGCAAAAUCAACUAUAAACCACCGGUCUAAUCAACAAAGGUAAUUCUCAGUAGGCAGUACCAUCCGAGUCAACCAUGUCCUUGAAAUUGGCUGCUAUUUUUGCUAUUACCUUCCAUAACUAUUAUGUCUCCUUAGCCUCUGACCCAGAUCCUGUCCAAGACUUCUGCAUACCCAUCGCAGAUUCUGCAACUUAUCUGGUGCACUCUUGCAAGAACUCCUCAACUGUCACAGUAGAAGAUUUUGUAUUCACUGGCAUCAAAACCCCAGGAAAAUUUAGCCAAACAGGUUUAUCAUCCACUUCAGUCAAUGUAAAUGUCUUUCCAGGUCUAAACACACUAGGCAUGUCAUUUGUGCGAGCCGAUUUCGAGGUUGGUGGCAUCAAUGUGCCACAUUUUCAUCCAAGAGCAACUGAGAUUGCAUUUGUGCUACAAGGGAAAUUAUAUUCAGGAUUCGUCGAUACACAAAACCGGGUUUUCGCCAAAGUGAUUGAGAAAGGAGAGGUCAUGGUGUUCCCAAGAGGCCUCCUGCAUUUCCAAAUGAAUGUUGGAGACACACCAGCAACUAUCUUGGGGAGUUUUGAUAGUCAAAAUCCUGGGCUGCAGAGGAUUCCAAGUGCAGUUUUUGGAUCUGGGAUUAAAGAAGAGCUCUUAGAGAAGAGUUUUGGAUUGAGUGCCAAAGAGAUUGCUCAUUUGAGGAGAAGGCUUGCUCCUCAUGGAUUGGAGUAGAAGGUGAAGAUUAUUUCUAAUUUUUUAUAGUAAAAAGAAAAAUAAUGUCAUAUUCUUUAGUUGAAAAUUCUCUGUGUCUCUUGAUUUAUGCCCACUUUAAUAUAUAAAUAUUAAGUCAA